AUGAUUCUCAGCACGUACGGACUCGAUUGUCUUUAUUUGAACUCGAGAAGUCUAAAAGCUUUCGUUAAGACAGACGACAACUGUUCCAAAAUUUGUAAAAUAAACAUAUUUCAACAAUUGGUUUACUGCGGUGGUUAUGACGUUGUCUGUGUUUGCGAAACCUGGCUCAACGACUGCGUGCUCGACAGCGAACUGUUACCAGGUUACUCCAUUUUUCGCAGAGACAGGGUUGGGAAGACGGGUGGAGGCGUGUUGGUUGCGGUAAGAGAUACCAUUCGUGCAAAACGUCGAACCGAUCUGGAGGGAAAUAACGUGGAACUAGUUGUAGUGGAACUUUUCAAAGCCAAUAAUCAAUCUAUCAUAUUGUACACUUUCUACCGCCCUCCUAGUUCUACUUUGGAUUCUAUACAACAACUCAACUCAAUUCUUGACAACAUUCCUGAGUCCAUGUGCAUCAUUCUUAUCGGGGACUUCAAUCUGCCUGCCAUUGACUGGUCACUAGAUCAUCCAAACCCAAACAAUAAUGGUGGCCUUUUGGAAAACAAGUUCUGCGAUUUAGUUGGUGACCACUUUCUUGAACAAUUAAUAUCUGGCUCCACGCAUCGUGACGGCAACAAACUUGAUUUGCUGCUCUGCAACUACGCUGAAAUAAUCAAAAAUGUAACAUCAUCUACCCCUGAACAGUUUGGUUUUCCUACCGACCACCACAUCAUAGAAUUUGAAAUCCAACAAAAGUUUGCUCGCGUUAAACCAAUCAAGCGAACAAUCUUUGACUAUAGACAAGGGAAUUUCGAAGAACUUCGGACUUCUCUAUUGCAAGCAGGGUUCGAUAGUGAUGGCGUAUUGACAGAGGAAAUUGACCAGCACUGGACUCGUUGGAAAGAGUGGUUUCUCGCGCAUGUGAACAAAUUUAUUCCUAAGAAUGUUGUUAAAGACACAAACUCGCCACCCUGGGUUGACGGAGAUGUAAGGCACUUACUACCAAAAAAAUAUGCUGCGUUGAAAAAGUACCGACAAUCCAAAACUACAGCCCGUAAACAGAAACUCCGAACUCUGACUCAAACUAUCAAAUACGCAAUGAGACAAAAACACCGUGACUAUCUUGUGAAAAUUAAAGAUUCAUUUCUCGAUAAUCCCAAGCUAUUUUGGAGCUACCACAAGUCGACAUGUCGUCAUCGUGAAAGCAAAGUGUCGGAAAUAUCGUACAAAGGCGUAACGGCGAAAACUGCAGCCCAUAAAGCUGAACUGUUCAACGCGUCGAGAGUUGACGACGAGAAAGACCUUGGCGUAAUCUUCUCCAGUAAACUACAGUGGAACUUACAUAUCAACCAAAUGGUAUCGAAAGCGAAUAGGCAGCUAGGCGCGCUUAAGAGGACUUGCUACUCACUCACAGACAUCAACAUCCGACGUACACUGUAUCUUUCGCUGGUGAAGUCGAAGCUCAGCUAUGCAACACAAGUUUGGUCGCCUACUCACAACAGACAACUCAGUGAAAGGAUUGAAAGAGUACAAAGAAGAGCCACAAAAUGGAUUCUAAGGACCGGGACUUGUGAAAUGCCAUACAAGCAACGGCUGUUGAAAUUGGAACUCUUACCACUCUCUUACGAUAGAGAGAUGAAAGAUCUCGUAUUUUUCUUCAAGGCGUUGUACGGUUACGUCGAUCUUAAUAUUAACAAUUGCGUCUCUUUUAUUCAACAAUCAACAUGGACGUACUCGACUUAGCCAAGCUACUGGUGUAAUGCUUCAAACUCCUAUGUGUAGAACUGCUACGUUUCAAUCAUCUUAUUUCAACCGUAUUGUCAAACCGUGGAACAAUGUAUGUCAAGAUGUCAAUCCAGAUACAUUCUCUAGCCCUAUCUCUUUCAAAAACUUUCUUAAACGCAGCUAUUUAGAACUUCUACGCUCUGUAUAUGAUGUUGACCUACCCUAG